AUGGCGGGCAAGGAGGGCAGCGGGAUGGUGGUGCGGUACGCCGGGCGGCUCGGGGUGGUCGCGUCCGUGGCGCUGAACCUAGCCGCGCUCGCGCUGUACAUCCGCCGGCGCUUCUUCGGCGGGAGCGGAUCGGGGGAUGGCGGCGGUGGCAGGGAGAUCGCCACGGUGGAGCCGUCCAAAGGCAAGCCGCUGGUCACGCCGGACUCCGUCGUCAACCUCGACCACGGCGACCCGACGAUGUACGAGGCGUUCUGGCGCGAGACGGGCGACCGUGCCACGAUCGUGAUCCCGGGGUGCCAGACGAUGAGCUACUUCUCCGACGUCGGCGGCUUCUGCUGGUUCCUGGAGCCCGGGUUUGAGCGCGAGGUGCGCCGCCUCCACCGCCUCGUGGGCAACGCGGUGGUCGACGGAUACCACGUGCUGGUCGGGACAGGAUCCACGCAGCUCUUCCAGGCCGCGCUCUACGCGCUCUCGCCUGCCACAGACGGCGCGCCCAUGAGCGUCGUCUCACCGGCGCCUUACUACUCGUCGUACCCGGCCGUGACGAACUUCCUCAACUCCGGUCUCUACCGCUGGGCCGGCGACGCAAACACAUUCGACGGUGACACAUGCAUUGAGCUAGUCUGCUCGCCGAACAACCCAGAUGGUGGAAUCCGCAAGGCUGUCAUCGAGUCCAAGUCCGGGAAGGCCAUCCAUGACUUCGCCUACUACUGGCCGCAGUACACACCCAUCACCGAGGCGGCCGGCCACGACAUCAUGCUCUUCACCGUCUCAAAGUGCACUGGACAUGCUGGCACGAGGCUAGGGUGGGCGUUGGUGAAGGAUAGGGAGGUGGCCCAAAAGAUGAUCAAGUUCAUAGAGCUCAACACCAUUGGUGUGUCCAAGGAUUCGCAACUCCGCGCCGCCAAGAUCCUCGGUGCUGUUUGUGAUGGCUAUGAGACAUCGCUCGAUGGCGAGGCGAGCCGGCUCUUCCAUUUCGCCCGGCAGCAAAUGAUGGAGCGUUGGAGCAAGCUUCGUGCCGCUGUGGCAGCCUCAGACAUCUUUACACUUCCCAAUGAGCUCUCCAACUACUGCACCUUUGUCAAGGAGACUAUCACAACCAAUCCCCCAUUUGCAUGGCUUCGCUGUGAGAAGGAAGGUGUGAAAGACUUGGAGGGCUUUCUGCGUGAGCACAAGAUAAUCACUCGUGGAGGAACAAAGUUUGGAGUAGAUGGGAGGUUUGUUAGAGUUAGCAUGCUCGACACCGACGAAGCUUUCAACGUGUUCAUGGAUCGCCUUGCCUCCUUGAAAUGA